AUGAUCAGGGCAGCGGUCCUCCGGCAGCCGCGAGGCAGCCUCGGGCGCCGGCGGAGCAGGUCCCUGCCGGGGCUCCUUCUGCUGCAGCUGCUGCUUCUGGCCCCGCGGUCGGACGCCUCGGACCCUCAGGUGCCCCUGCUGCUGUGGUCCAGCAUCCCGGAUUUGCGGCCCUCGUUGGAGAACCCUUACGAAGGCCACAUCUACACUCGUCCUGAGCUUUACUCCUGCCUGGACCCCAUCUUGGAGAAGGGCCCCCAGGCUGUACUGCUGAUCCUGCAGGAAAAACUGAGGCUGGAGGAUUUCACUGCUUUUGGUGAGGUGCCUGGUGAUAAGCCCGAGAGCCCCUUCCCCAACCUGCAGGAGGUCCUGAAAGGGGCCCCCUCCUCCUUGGUGCUGCCUGCGGUAGGCUGGUCGGCAGCUGCCACCUUGACCUCUUACCUGACCCAGAAGUUGGGUACAGGACCUCUGCAUGUGGACCAGGCGUCCCUCAGGGAGCUGAGGCUGAACACCACGCACCCUCUACUGCUUCUGGUCUACAUACCCUCAACGGCCAGCACUGACUUGGCGGCUCACAAGGAAGCUCUGGCAGGCCAAGAUAAGAUCCUUGGGCAGGUGCUGAGCAGGCUCCAGGCAGAAGGAAAACCCUACACAGCCUUGCUCACUGCUCUCCGGCCUUCCAGGAUUGCCCGAGAUGUGUCACUUGUGUCUGGGGGACUAGGACAGCAGCUCCUGGGAGAGAACCAAGAGUACAAGUCCCAGCCAGCCUGGCCAUCAGUCCUGCCACCAGUAAGCUACGGUGACACAGAACCCCGCAUCCUGUUCUGGGCCAGACAAUUUACCGUGAGCUAUGGCAAACAGACACAAGACCUCACAUCACUCACCUUUGGAGCCCCAGAGCUCAAUCUGACCGGCUCUAGCUGGAAUGAUUCUGCUGCCCAACUUGUGAUGACCUACAACAACCUCUUUGGUCCAUUCUUGAGGCUAAAGUUCAGAAUGAUCAAUCACUUCUACCCUGGGUCACACAGGAGCUGGUUCACCAUGGAGGGGCUUGAGAUCAAGACCCACAACUCCACAGCUUUCUUCAGUGCUGUGCAGGUUAUUGCACCCAGCACCUACUCCUACCACUGCCAGUAUGUAAGCAGUGACCCCUCCAAAUGGGGCCUUCUGAUGCCUCAUGAUUUUCGCUCCCCCUGGAGUGUAACUCUCCAGGAUUUCCAGAUCCAGGCCUUCAACCUGUCUGGUGGCAGCUUUUCAGGGGCCAGUGACUGUGCAGCCUUCUUCUCCCCUGCUAUCUGGAUGGGGCUGGUCUCUUCUCUCUUCAUGCUCUUCUGUAUUACUUUUGGGGUACAUAUAAUCUUUAAACUCAAGUCCCUCAACCGAUUUGAUGAAUACAAAGGGGACCCCCUUUUUGAGCCUCUUAUGGACUAA